CAGGGCCCUGCAUCCCCCCUGGCUGGAUCAGCACCUGCUGCUAACUAUAAACCUCAACCGGCCGAGCUCAGACAGGGUAACCUAUGCCAAAACCUAUUCGCAACCUAGAGAGGGGAACCAGGUUGGAAACAGUAAGCCCUUCCCUUGGGCUUGCUUGAAUGGGAGGGGCAGAAUGGAGGGACAGAGAGAGGGGAGAUAGUCAGAAGAAAGAGCAUGAGUGUGAUUCCCCUCUCUGCUUCUUGUAAAGUCAUGGUGAAAACUGUUGGAUGUGUGGAGAUCGUGUCCUACAAACAUGGCCUUGGACUGUUUUACUCUGUUCUACAGAUACUAGGUCCCUAGUUAGAAGUUUGCUGAGGCGCUAUAUGCUGUGGAUUUAAUAGACAGUUGAUUGGAUGAAGGGGGCAUUUGAAACACUGAAACUCAAUGCCUGAACUACCCCGUUUUGGGCUGAAGGUACGGGACAGUUUUGAGAACCCCAGGGAAAAAGACUGGCCUGGCCCCUGUGAAGACCUGGUGCCAGUGAAGACCUGGUGCCUGUGGUCUAGCGAUGGACAGCUGGACUCUUAAGGGGGACAGCUACUCCUUCCUGCGCAGCGCACCUCGCACCAUCUCCCUCCGCAACCGAGAAGGCACCCCGAACCACGUGGAGAUCUUCGACAUCACCAACAUACCAAGCCCCCGUUCUGCCAUCUCCGAGACGACCUGUCUGUGUGACAUCUUCGGGGACGAUCGUGACUCCCCCUCCCUCUCUGGCAGUCCCGCAUCUGGGGCUUUCGUUCCCCCUCCCAGGGAGGUGGACCGGGCAGCAGCCGCCUCCCCCCUGGUGGACGACUCCUCGGGCUCCUACCACACAGCCAACGGCUCCAGUGAAGGAGAAGAGGGCUUUGAGGAUCCUAAAGAGAGACUGCGCAGCCCACUGUUGCCAACAGGGAACUCUGAAGGCCAAAAUUCAGAAGGCCACAACCAGACCUCUGAGCAUUCAGGUCUUUCUGAGGAGAUCCCCAAAUUAGAAUCAGCGGCUUCACCGCCGCUACCGCUGUUAAGUACAGAGGGUGCAUCACUUGAGGUCCUAAAUAGGGUUCCCACUUCUAGAACCCCAUCCCCUCGGCCUAACAGCUCCGAGACACUGGAGAGUACAGAAUAUAGAGGGAUAACCUCAUCUCCCUCCUCUUCAUUAUCCUCAAAUCGGACAUCAAGUCCGAGUCGCUCCCCACAGCCUAGUAACCUAAGGGCCAGCUCAUCUUCUAUCGAGUCACAACUCACGCCAUCUUUGCUUGAAUCCAGGGGAUCUCCCAAGAGAAGUAGCUCAUUAAGUGGAUCUCGCAAAAGUAGUCCCUCAUCGGAGCAGCGACCACAAUCAUCCGAUCAUCUAAGGGGAUUGACCCCACCCACAUUUAAUCCCAGGGUCGUCUUCUCUUCGAAUUCAACUUCACGCAGCAGCGUGGACAUCCAUCGGCAGUCAGGCGAAAGAUCAACCACUCCUGAAUCUAGAGAUUAUUCCUACUCCCCUGAUACCCAGGACUGCUCGCCUUUCUCAGAGCUAAGAGGGAGGGUCUCUGUACAUGACCUCUUCAGCAGAGGCUCAACACCUGACAUAGACGGCUCUCCCUGCACACCAGAGCUUAUUUCGUGCACUUCGUUAGCUGGAGGAGACACACCCGAAAACCGAGGCAGCAAGCUGUCUGCUGAGGCCAAGAGUGCUGCGUCCACACCUCUUCCUAGAUACACACCGCCAAGCCCUGUCAGUUCAAUACCCCGCACUCCUGAGUGUAGAGGACCCAGCGUCUCGCCUGCAGUCAGGUUUACCCCCUCACCUGCGCUGUCACUCGGAGUACCACACACUGCUCCCACCCCUGAUUCCCUAUCCCAGGCUCACUCACCUGUACCAUAUUCACUCCCAUCAUAUAAAGGAAAUAGUGACUGUUGUCCAAAAGAGUCAGACUAUACUAGUUCCUCUCCAGAAAUAAGAGUUACGGCAUCUUCGCCAGAGGUGAGAAGGAGAGAGAAGUCCCUUGAGGAGGAUUUAGCAUUGAACUCUGCAGAUCCCAUCCAGUGCUCCAGAGCCACCACGUGCUCCCCUCACAUUACAGGGCCCUGUUACUCUGUCGUCCAGCCUGAAGACGGCGACACAGCAACAUACACCGAAAUAGCUCACCUUUCAACUUCAGAGCCCAUUUGCAGGAAUCCUCAGUCACCUGAACCCCAGUGCAAGAGCCCAGUCAGGCAGAUAGAUCCCACGACUGCACAAGAAGAGUCAACAGUUACAAUAGUUACACCUGAACAAUAUUAUAAAUACAGUGACCCAGAGCCCGAUAACACGGACACAACUGAGUUACCUCAACCAAGGGACAGAUCUUUGUCCCCUGAGCCCCGGAGUUACACACCCUCACCUGAGCUAAGGAAUCAAAGUCCUUCAACUGAGACCAGUCCUUACAGUCCGAUACCUGAACAAAGGAAUCUCUUUCCAGUACCUGAGAAAAGAGAAGAUACUCUCUCACCUGAACCCAGGUUUCUUGCUCCCUCACCUGGGAAAAUACAUUACACUCGCUCACCUGAACCAAUACAUUUUGAGACACAACCUUCCCCCUCACCUGAGUCAAGGAGUCAAAAAGUUGAACUGUAUAAUAACUCACCCAAACCAAGUGAUAUUCUGCCAUCACCUGAGAGAAGACAACUUACUCCAUCACCUCAACAAAGGAACCUCCGUUUGUCAUCUGAAAAAAUACAAAUUCCUCCUUCACCUAAACCAAGGGAUCUUACUCCAUCACCUGAGAAAAGACAAAAAACUCCCUCACCUCAACCGAGGAACCUCGCUCCAUCACCUGAGAAAAGACAUCUUACUCCAUCACCUCAACUGAGGGAUCCUACUCAAUCACCUGAGAAAAGUCUGUUUAAUCCCUCACCUCAACCGAGGUAUCCUACUCCAUCGCCUGUGAACAUACAUUACACCUCCUCACCUGAGCCAAUAAAUUUUGCUCCAUCACCGUUAGACAUACAAUAUUCACCCAUGUGUGAACCAAAGCAUAAUGUUUUCUCACCCAAGGAGAAAGGGCAAACUCAAUCGCCUGGCCUUAUACAUAACCCUUCCUCACCUGUGUCAAGCCUCCUUGUUCCAUCACCUGAACCAACCUUUCGCAAUCUCUCACCUGAACGGAGAUAUCAAUCUAUAUCCCCUGCAUCAAGACGUCAUAUUACAUCGCCUGAUCCACCACGUCCAACUGUUUCUCCUGAGUCAAGAAUUAACCAGUCCUUACCGGACAUAAGUUAUCAGAAUCUCUCACCUGACACGAGAUACCACACUCCUUCACCGAGAGAUCUUGUAUCCUCACACAAGUCAAGUCUUCCCUCUCCUGUCCCUGUAGCAGAGCAACUGACUCCUUCACCUCAGCCCAGCCACAUUUCUCAUCCACCUAGUUCAAGGCACCAGAGCCCUCAGAUAACCGACUCAAAUGCUUUGAGUAAGUCACCUGAAUACAGCAUUGGACAACCAUCCCCUACGGGAUCCCCCUUGCACAACGUUGAUCCUUUCUCUACCCCAGAACUCUCUCUUUUUCCUCAAGACACACCUGAAAUGGGAGAGUCUUUCCUUUCAGAUAUAUCAAACUACAGCCAAAGAGCAGUAGAUCGCAAAUCAGCACCACUUGAAACAAAUAGAGUUGUCAAGCCACCUGGAGAGAGAAAAUCUAGUAGAACACCAGAACAACACUGUGAACCGAGCGAAAUCACACCAAAGAAAACAUACCCUCAAAGUGUACAAAGCAAUUAUUUUAAUCAGAAGGAAGACCACCAUUGGAAUCCCCCGAUUGAAAUGCAGAGCCCUUUUCACGGUCUACCAGUCUCUACUGUUGACGGACAGCCAGACACCUUACUUGCCCGCCAGACUGCGGGUAUCUCACCUGUCCGUCAAGGGAAACAUCCAAAGCCUAAUUUUCCAAUUAACUCCAGAAGAUCUGAUAGAAAUAUCGAAAAUAAAAAUUCUGAAACAUCUCGCACGCCUGACUACCCAAGAAAACAGCCAACCACCAAAGUUGUAAUUCUAAGCAGAGAGGAGCCGGCAGAGGACACGGCCCGUCAUGGGAGCAAAAGGAGAACUCCCUCACCCCCGAUCACACGGUUUACCCCUGUACACAUUAUAGCCCCAGAGAAACCCUACAGACUGUGGCAGAACAGGUGUCGGAGCCCCCCACAAGCUGCAGCAUCGACACUAACUGACAAUUUCAAGAAUCAGAUGGCAAAAUGGGGAAGCCCCGGUGAAACGUGUAGAAACAGCAAUAACCAAGACGAUUGGCUGGGGCAGAAUAGGCAGAUGGGGAUUGUGGGGGAAAUUUCUUUGGAGGCGGAGCGCAAAAGGGGGACAGAUCCUGGGAGAGAACAACACAAGUGUACCAGGAAGGAGAUGGAGAGUGAGAGGAAGAGGGAGGAGCGACUGCAGGAAAAGAAGGAGGGUACGAAGGCACAUGCCAGCUACAGGGGGCAACAGGUUGAGCUGUCAUUCAGUGCCAGAAAUAGAAAAGGGCCUGAGAGUCACAGUGCAGCGUCCACAGGCAAACAGACCAGUAAGGGAAUGCCAACAGCCCACUCCUAUUCAGAGAGGUUGCCUGCCACGAGACAGCCACAGCAACAACAGAGAAGAGGAGGUCCCGCCCGGAGGCUACAGCCUUCUGUGCCCCAGAACAUGAACGUUGCUACUGGACGUGUUUCUAAAAACAGGCCCCGCCAGAGUUCUAGCUCCAGCAUGGGAAGCGAGCAAGACGAGGCAGACAGUGAGGUGAAGUGGUUUACCGAUGGCGCUUUCCACAGUCUGUCAAGCCCUGAGAUUGACUACCUGGAUAUGUACAACUCUAGUCACCGAUCCUCCACCAAUAUUUCCCAACCAUCUACCCAGGAAAGCCCAGCGGGAGUUAGUGCGUCUCUGCUAGCCUAUGCUGACUUCAGGGGGUCCGGACAAAGACUGGACAACGAAGACUUUCCAUUCCAACCUACUACGUAUUACUCAGAUGGCCUAGACCCAGCUAAGCGCUAUGAAAUGGGCAGCUUUGAGUGUGUGGAUGUUGCAGUGGAAAGAGAAGAACCUAGGAAGGCUAGGAGAGGAGUUCCCAAAAGACAGAUCCAGCUGAAGAGAAAGAACACGCUUGAAUCGAGGCAAGAUGAGAGCAGUGAGAAUGGCAGCCCUGUUGUUCCAGGGAUGGCUGACAGUCCCUCAUUCCGGGGAUCCCUCAAAGAGACUUUGCUGAGACAGCACAGCACACCAGUGACAAUGCAUGAGCCCUACCCUUGUGAACUGAGCACAGACAUACAAGAAUACAACAACAAAACAUUUAAACUUCAGAAGUCAACUUCACUUGAUGAGACGCAUCCCAAAACCAAGAUGGCCACUUGCCUUAUCAAGAGUGUGCUGGCUAAGAAGAUGCAAGGCGUUGAUUCUUCCCAUGAGGAAAAACCAUCAUCAUCUGUUCAAGUGGAGGACACACUGGAAAAGUCAACUGAAAAGGAUACACUGAAUCUGAGUUCCAGCCUCAAGUCACAAUGCAGCCUUUUAUCUGCCGAUCCUGCUGCAGGAACCGAAUCAAACACAAUGGCUUCCGAUCAACACUUUGCCGGUAAAAGGUCAAGUCCAAAUGAGAGGACUGGAAUGAGGUCGGAACUCAUGGUUCCAUUCAGAAGACAAGCAGAUGGCUGUGAAAGAGAGGAAGAAAGAGCAGCAAGCAAGUCAGCAAGUACCACUGUCGGGAAUAAAGGAGUUCAUUUUGCUACUGGAUCAAACAGCCACAUGGAAGCCAGGCAGGAACAGGAAUACAGAAUCCCUAGCCCAGAGAUCACAGAUGGUCUUGACAAAAAGAAGUCUUCUCUAAAUGUCUCCCUUACACCAGAAUUGGAUAUUAAACCAGAUUUGCACUGUGAAGUUCCAUCCCCAGAAUCAUCACCAAAGCCAUCGUUCAAGGAGAAUGAGGAAAAGGGAGAGUCCCCAAUAGAUAUGAAGACAGAGGAGGGAGAUGUAAAUGGAAACAAUAAAGUCAAAGUGCCAAUGCACAAAGUAAGAGAUGUGCGAAGGCUGGUAAAAAACACAUAUAACCUGUCAUUCAAGGCAAGCAGUGCUACGACACCUUCACCUAAAAUGGAAGAAAAUGUAGAAAAUGAGGAGAUAUAUCAGGACAGGAGGGAGGAAAUAACUGAGGAAAGAAAGGUGAGUAAACACGGUAUAUUGGAAGCAGGGCAAGAGGACAGGAGGAAGGAGAUAACACAAGUAAGCAAAAAAGUAAUGACAGACAAACAGAGAAGGGAGCUGAGAGGGGACAGGUUGGAGGAGCCGAAGGUGGAGGGAAGAGAUGCAGAGCACCCGACAUCAUCAGCCACUCCACCGGAACAAAAGGGAAGGUCUCGGUACCACUCACAGCCAAUGCAGAUAGAGUGUAAAGCAGUGUGUUUGAAGGAGGACAAGGAAAAAAAGACACCCAGCAGAAUGGAAGAAGGCAAACGUGGAGAGCAACGGCAGGCCCCUGCACAGCUGUCUGUUGCAGAGGCCACCAAGCCAGAAGGUUACUUAUGUGGAGGCCCAGAGAGUCACAUGACCGAUCAGACAACAACAUCAAAGCCACGUGAGUCUGAUGCUAAUAAAGAGCCGAAAGAAGAUAGCCUUGAAGCAAGAAAUAACACAACACCAGUUGAGGCUAAACCUGAGACAGCCAGAAGAUACAAGAAACCUCCCUUGCUGGGAAGUCUGCCUAAAUUACCGAGUAAGGAACGAGAGGUUUCCACCGCUGUAGUUGUGAUAAGAGAUGGGUUCAGUAAACACAAGACUGUCCAGGAUGAGAGACCCAUGCAAGCCACAGCCUCAAACAGCGAGAGCAGCGGCCAUGCGGUGUCCAUGUUGCUCAAGGAGAAGGGCUACCAAGCCGAGAUUGGAGCAGUAUUGAAUGAGGGAGAACCAAACACAGUUGGAGGUAAGGGGAUGCCUCAUAAGCAUGUGAACCGACUGGAGAUUCCUUUGCAGAUCUGCUCAACUUCGGAAGGUGGCGUGUCAGAGUCACGAAGAGAAAGGACCUUCUCCACCUCCUCUACCAAGUCCAUCCCCACGACAGAAACUCCACCAAUAAUGGGAGUAGAGGAGAGUGUGAGAGACUCUGCACAGCAAAAUAUUGAAACUCCUUUGAGAAAUACAGGGAGGCAAACAGUAACACCACCAAUCAAAGAUUUUGAUUCUUUGAAAAGACAAGAUCCAAUUUUUCCACCAAGAUCCCCUGCCUUGAGAUAUAAACCUCAGCAAAUCGAGGUGAACUCUCUCUCAAAAGAACAAAAUACAUCCACAAACAAAAAAUCUCAAUCAAUAGAGGUCAAAUCUAUAUCAAACAAUCAAAUAAAACCAGCGGUGCCACCAAAGCCUAACUACAAAUUCAAACCACCUGAUUCAGGCCCACUGGCAAACGAUUCGCAAACUCCAGCUGAGAGAUCUCAAACAAUAGUAGUCUCCUCACCAACCAUCUAUAGAAAACUCUCCAGUGACAGCACACCAGCUUCCAACUAUACAAGAAAACUAGCUGUGUCUGCUGUCUCUAGCUGUAGACCGCCGCAGAACAAAACGACAACAAGUGUUUCGAGUCAGUCCAACUCAUCAGCAUUAUCUGAUAAAGAUCAGCCCAACAACAGAGCUCAUCAUCCCCAGGCCUCACCUCAAAGCACCAGUGAUGCACAGAGUUCCACAGCUUUGGCCCCUGCUUCAGUAUCAGCCACAAACCCAGCGACAAACUCAGACCCGGGUCUGAUUCAUGGUCCAAACGUAAGCCAAAUCUCUGGAUCUUCCUCGACUGUUGCCAGCGGGUCAGGGCAGUCAGCUGUUGUGGAUCUGAAUAGUCAACCACAGUUUUCCAGAAGCACAUUAGCUCAUGAUCAAGUAAGGACUGUGACCUCUAACUAUGAGAAACAACCCACUGUGGUAUCCACAACACGAGUGCCACAAUAUGCUCACGAACAAAGGCCUUUCCACAGGUCCUUAUCCAGUGAGCAAUCCCAGAGAGCAGACGACCUGCGUUUCUACUGUUCAGAUGACCCGCCAAGCUACGACGAAAGGGAGAGUUUCAGUCCGCUUCUGCUGCAAGGUUUGACCCCAAAGAAGCCAAACCGCUACUUCGCCGCCCCCCGCCCUCCCCCAUGCUCUUGCACCUCUGGAUGUCCCUCCCACACUGGUCUCACUCCUCCACACCGUCACCACAGCCCCCACAACCACACCCCUCCGGCGUCCGCUCACUCCCCAGGCCACCCUCACCCUUACCCCAUAGCACCACCUCCCCUCCGACCCCACCAGGGCAGAGCUGAACCUCCACCUAUGUGCUACCAGCCUGGCUCUCCUAAAUCGAGUCCCCUGGGUCCCGGCCCGCCUCCGACCAUGUACCACCCCCUCAACCAGCCUCCUUCCUACCCUCCCCACCCCUCUCUCAUGCAACCCUGUGCCCCGGAACGCCCCCUGCAGCCACACCAGCACAUGGAGCCCAGACGGCCCUCACUACAGCGCUCUUCUCAGCAGCAACAACACCAGCAGCCUGGAAUGAGUGUGGCUCCCUAUGGCGACCAUGGCCACGGACACUCCCCUGGCCUGGCACAUCUGGAUUCUCAAUACAUGUGUGGCCCUCAGGGCAUGGGGCCCUCCUAUGGCUCCGAGUACGAGGGCGACGGCUCCAGCAUGUACUCUGAAGGUAGCUUCGGGCAAACGCCUCGAAGGAUGCUGAUGGACCCGGAGACGGGGAAGUAUUUCUACAUCGAGGUCCCUGUGCAGCCGUUGAGGAAGAUGCUGUUCGACCCGGAGACCGGCCAGUAUGUGGAGGUGCUGAUCCCGCAGCAGUCCAUGUCGCAUUCGGGCAUGUAUCCGCCCACCGCGGCCCCUUACCCAUCCUUGCACAACCCUAACAUGUAUGCCCCCGCGCCACAGUAUAUGCAGCCCUAUGCGGCGCCACCGCCACCCCAUCCCCAGACUCAGCCUCCACCUCCCCCCCGCCUCCCUGACAGCUCCGCCGCCACAGCCCUGCACCCGAACGGGGCAGGGGUCGUCUACGGAGGUCCCCCCGGUCAGGGGUCCAAGAUGGACCCCCAGACCCAUCAACCACUUGACCAGGGCUAUCUAGAGGGCAUGUAUUAUGUCCCUACCGGUAUGAAUGCAAGUCCCAAUCCCCCCCCACCAGACUUCUACCACAAACAUUCCCCCGGCCCCCACUCUGGGGCAGGGGGGAAGAGGUCCUGAAAUAGAGGUUAGAGACCGCCUUCCUGGAGCCUGUUGGGAUUUAAAUACACUGUGCAUAAUGGAUGGCUGCCUAAUCAUAGCCUGUAAUCUAAUCAGGUUUUCACACAGCAAGUGUUAUUUGUUUGUCAUUCUCUUUGCUGCUUAUAUUAUAAUGCACUGCUUAACUUUGGAAUAAUGUGACUAUUUUAUGUUUAGUCCUUUUGAUAUGGGAGCCACCCUUUUAUACAAUAUGUUAUUAGCUUAAGUUAGUGAAUGGUGGAUCUGAAUGUCUAUCAAUUAAUUAUUAGUGCACAUUUCGGUGUUACACAACUGUUUACUUGUUUAAAUGUGUUUACUUCAAGACAGAUCUAUCACAGUUGAAAAGACUUUCUCAAGAAUAAUGGAAUAUUUAUGUAUUUGUAUUUUGUUUGUAUUUCGAAUUUGGAAUUUGAGUUUAUGCACAUGUCUAUCAGAAUAAUGCAAAUAAAAUAAGACAAAACAAUAA